AUGGGACGCAAACGUGGAACCCCUACGAUUUGCAGUGUUUGUGGCGAUAAAUCGACGGGAAUAAAUUUCAAUGCCAGCUCCUGUAACUCUUGCAAAGCCUUUUUCCGGCGAACCGCUCCGCAGAACAAGGUCACGCCCUGCCCCUUCACCGGAAACUGCCUGAUUAAUAAAGUGACUCGUAAGUUUUGCAGUGCAUGUCGCUUGGCCCAGUGCUUUCGAGUGGGGAUGAAAAAGGAGUGGAUAUACACUGAAGAAGAACGGGCCUUCCUCAAGGAACGCAUUGAGCUGAACAAGCGAAAGCGGCGGCAGUGCAACCGAAACGGAGCAGAGAACCAGGAAGCUGUUGAACCACCUCAAAUGUCCUCCAGCAACUCUUCUUGUACAACAGCAACAGCCGAUGCAGCGGUAGUAGAUCUGCUGGAUUUCAACUUUCAGAACAUAGCCAUUUCAUCGGGUGUCAAUGAAGGUGUAGUUCAAUUUCAGUCAAACGAAGGCUACCCAUUUAGCUGCAGUUCUGAAGCCGACUCCACGACGACGAGUAAUAGUGCCAGCGAUUCGGUGGACCUUUUUCUCCAGUCAUUAAUCACGGAUAGUUCUACUUCAUCAACCUUCAAUGAACAACCGCCCCCUCCUCCUCUCAGUCCUCCACUUCAACUGGACGCCUCGCUGGAGAACGUUUGCGACCAAAUUCUCCAGCAACCAGACGUCAUGUCGCAGAUUGACCUCAGUCAAAUUGACUUUAGUGGUUUGGAGGAAGAGAAUGAACCCAGCGAAAACUUUGUCGCAUCUUUAAUUGAACAUAAAAAAGAGCCGGAAAACAACACUGGAAACCACUUUCUUCUGCUCGAUUUUGAACCUCCCGUCUUCCAAGCGCUUUCCAUUUACUACCCGAGCUUUCUCGGUCUUCCAACCGGCCACCAGUUGAGCACUUCUGAAGAAUACCUUCUCCAGGAGCUCUCCACCGCCUGUCGCCUCCUCCAAAAUCCCUACAAGCGGAUACA